UUAAAGGACACCAGUGCAAGCUCUCCGAGUGGACAGACGGGUCCCACUUGGGAUGCUACCCAGCCAGGCAACUUCUUCCAGAAAAUUAUGAACAGCAUGGAGUAUAUGGGGGCCCAUUUAGCCUUUAAAUCACGCUGGCACAAGACAGAUGAGGAACUCUGUCGGCACAGCAUGUCCUUCAUCCUGCACAAGGCAAUUAGGAACGACUUUUUUCAGAGUUACCUCUACCUGCUGGAGAAGCUGCCGCUGGUCAAACUUUAUGCUCUGACAAGUGAAGUCAUCAGUGGUGAGAUGCAAUUCUAUGCCAGAGCCAAAAAAUUCUACAGGGAGGUGCCAGCAUCAGAAGAGGGCAUGAUGGGCGAUUUCGUUGAGUUGACCAACAUAGAUAUUGAGUCUUCUAGGGAAUUCCUUAGGAGUGUUGUAGGGGGACCUGGCAAAACUGGCACUGACUUUGCCCUCGACUGUGGCUCGGGAAUUGGUAGGGUCAGCAAACAUGUUCUCCUUCCCUUGUUCAAACAUGUGGAGCUAGUGGACAUGAUUGAUAAUUUUUUGGCAGAAGCUCAGAGAUACUUACAGGGCCAGGGAGAAAAAGUGGACAUGUACUAUUGCUGCAGCCUCCAGGAAUUCAUACCAACUCCCAGAAAAUACGAUGUCAUCUGGAUUCAGUGGGUUUCAGGAAACCUGACAGAUAAAGACUUACUGGGUUUUUUUAUCCGCUGCCAGAAGGGCUUGAAGGAAAAUGGCAUUAUCAUUCUCAAGGACAACGUGGCCCGGGAGGGCUGUGUCCUGGAUCCAUUGGACAGCAGUGUAAUCCGAGAUCUGAACAUCCUCAGCAGCCUCAUUGCAAAGAGUGGACUCACCAUCCUGAGGCAGCAAAAGCAAGAAGGCUUUCCAGAGCAGUGUGUACCUGUUUGGAUGAUAGCCAUGCAGAAGAAAGAUACCAGGAAUGGGGUGUCGUAGUAAGAGCUACCAAAAUGGGGCUGGAACUCAAGGGUUAGGAAUCAAGGGAGAGAAAAGGAAAAUAGAAAAGGUGCACUCCGAAUGCCAUUAAUAGCUCCUCCGCUUCCUGGGCUACUGCUAUAACAAUGGGAGCCUGUCUCAAAAUGACCCUGAAAGCAAAUCA